AUGUUGUUAGGUCUCCGUGUCAAUGGGUUAGCGGUUGUGGGUGACACAAACGUUAAGUAUGAGUUAGUGGAAGAACUAUUGGGGGUGCCUUUGGAACGAAGUGAUAGGAAGGGGCAAAGCCUUAGAACUAUCUGGCUAAAAAGAAUUCAUGGUGCUUUGAACUUGACCGAUGAGUCUCCCGAGGAACUCAAAAUUUAUAAAACUAGAAUUUAUAUAUUAUUGCUUUUUGCGGAUUUUUUAUUUUCUGAUACUAAUGGUAAUACUAUCCAUCUUCAAUUUUUACCAUUAUUAGAAGAUUUAAUUCAAAUAAGUAGAUAUAGUUGGGGCGUUGCUACCUUAGCGCAUCUAUACAAAAAUUUGUGUAGAUGCGCAAGGAAAAAUGUGCAUAAUUUUGCUGGUUGUGGCGUUUCGAUUCAAGCUUGGGGAUGGUCCAUAAUGCCCAUACUGGCGCCGAUCAACCCCAAUCCAUAUCACUUUCCAUAUGCAACCAAGUGGUCCGCGUAUGGGAUGAAUUACGAAAAAACCCCGCAUCAUUGUGUUCCUGGGUACCAGACGUUCUUCGAUCAUUUUGAGGAAGAUGAUUUUCUAUGGAGGCCCUAUCUUGAACUUGAAGAUGAGGAUCCAACUGAAAGCGACAUGUGGAGUUCUACAACAUUCAUAUUUUGUUUCACUUAUGUUGAAAUGCAUCAUUCAGAUAGGGUGAAACUCCAAUUCAGAAUUCAACAAGACAUUCCUGGUCCACCUACAUGCAUAGAGAGGUACCACAAGAGUACAACGAACGACCAAUGA